AUGCCCCCAAAUUUUUGGAUAUGGACCUUCUUCACACAUAGUUUCAUUGAACUGCAUCUAUGGCAUACCAUUAUCGAUAUUAUAGUUGUUUUUCUCUAUUCGAAAAUGAUUGAGCCACUAUGGGGAACCAAAGAACUGUUGAAAUUUUAUUUUAUUGUCACAAUACCGAACGCACUGGUAGUGACAUUUGCUUAUAUCAUGUUCUACGGUUUCACUUUUCAUGAAGAAUAUCUUUUCGAAAGGCCCAUUUACGGUUUGGCAUCAUUUCUCGGUGCUUAUUCCGUAGUUAUUAAACAAAUUAUGCCUGACACAAUUUUAGCCACUACACCAUUGUUGAAACUCAAACAAGAUCAUGUGCCUCUGAUAAUUGUGAUGACAUCGAUCGUACUUUGGCUUCUACGAGCCGUUCCCAUUCACUUCGUAAUUAUGCUUAGUUUUGGUAUUCUGAUUAGCUGGACGUAUUUGCGAUUUUUCCAACCACAUCACAAUGGAACGAAAGGAGACAUGUCCACGACAUUUUCGUUUGCAAGUUUCUUUCCGCCAUUGAUAGCACCGGUUAUCAGCGUCUUUGCCAAUACAAUUUUUGAACUAUUCGUUAAAAUAAAAUUGUGUCAACCUUAUGUGAAGAAAAGCAACGUGAUGUCAACAUCGAGCUUGACAAUAACCAUUCCAGGUGCAGACGCAGCUGAUGCUGACAGACGAAGACAAAAAGCAUUAAAAGCUUUGAAUGACCGUAUGAAGAUCAAAGACUCAACAACUGAAGCAUGGCCUGAACUAGAUGAUGCUCAACAAAGUCCAUUACUACCUGCCACAACGCAUCAAGUCGACAAUUCAUCUGUAAAGAUAGACAUGAAUAAUCUAAUGGACAUUUCAUCCUCGAGAAAAGAUGAUUUGAAUCAACAGGCGACGACAUCGUAA